CCCCUGGUCUUGGCGUCCCUCCCACUCUUUUCAACACACAACCCCUGUUCUUUCCUCUGCCAUCAUCCAUCACUUCUCAAAGAUCGAAGAUGUCAACCAAGGUGGAACAAUCGGAAAACCAGAAAGCUGUCUCUCAAUAUGGCCCUCUACCUGUCGUCGAGCAACUUCAGACAUUGGAUAUAGCCUCCACAGAUGUUAAAAAGUUUAAAGGAAUCAGAAAAGCUGAAGUUGACAAGGUUAUCGAAGCAGCUUCUAAGCCUGUGCCUAUGGAUUUUAUUAGUGGUAGUGAACUCCAGGCCAAGCGCAAUGCAACCAUUCAGAUAACUACAGGAUCAAGAGAGCUUGACAAGAUAUUGGAAGGUGGAAUUGAGACAGGUUCUAUCACUGAGUUACAUGGUGAAUUUGAAACUGGGAAGACUCAAUUGUGUCUCACUCUCUGUGUCACUUGCCAGUUGCCACUAGACAAAGGAGGUGCUAAGGGGAAAGUUAUGUACAUAGAUACAGGGGGCUCAUUUAGGCCUCAACGACUCUCACAGAUAGCAGAUAGGUUUGGAUUGGAUGGGUCUGAUGUAUUGGGAAAUGUCACUUAUGUUAGAGUGAAUAACACUGAUCAGCAAUCACGGUUUCUGCUGCAAGCAGCUUCAAAGAUGGUGGAAACAAGGUUUGGUUUACUGAUAGUAGACAGUGCUAUUGCCCACUAUAGAACAGAUUUUGGUAGGGGAGAGUUUUCAGACCGGCAAAUGCAUCUAGGCAAGUUUCUGAGGAACCUUCAGAAAUUAGCAUAUGAGUUUGGUGUGGCUGCUGUAAUAACAAAUCAAGUAGACGGUGGUGAACCUAAGCCUAUUGGAGGCAACAUUGUGGCUCAUGCUGUAACAACAAGGUUAGCUCUCAUGAAAGGAAAUGGGAAAGAGCGAAUAUGUAAAGUGAUAAGUUCUCCGUGUUUGGCCAAAGCUGAAGCAAGAUUUCAGAUUUGUGCUGAAGGAAUUGUGGACGUUAAAGACUGAUAUAAUCAAAUUUACUUUUUUACCUGUGCUUGUGUCUUUUUGUGAUAUACAUCCUUAGUUUUAGAGUUUUUUGAACUUCUCUUGAAUGAUGGAUAUUCUUCUCAAGAUCUAUUUCUUUUGCCAAAGAUUUCUCAAGCAUUUGCAGAAUAUAUGUUUGUUGCUC